UCAGGCGCGUCGCUCAGGUCGAGUGUCGCCUCGAAGCGAACGAACACACAGGUAACGAUGUCGCGCUUCAUGUUCAGCAUCGGCACGGUGCUGCGCGAGACCGGCCAGGCGCUGGACCGCAUCGGCUGCUCCAUGCAGGGCAGCAACGCGUUCCGCGAGGCCAUCUCCAAGCACCGCACGAUCAUGGGAAUCUACGAGAAGACCCCGGCGCUGCCCCGCGCGGGGUUCAUCGCCCCUUCCGCGAGCGUCAUCGGCGACGUCACCAUCGGCGAGAAAUCCUCCGUCUGGUACGGCGCCGUCCUCCGCGGCGACGUCAACUCCAUCCGCAUCGGCUCUCAGACCAACAUCCAGGACAACACCGUGAUCCACGUCGCCAAGACCAACGUGGGCGGCGUCGCGGCUCCCACGAUCAUCGGCGACCGGGUCACCGUGGGUCACAACGCCAUCCUCCACGCGUGCACCGUGAAGGACGACGCGUUCGUCGGCAUGGGUGCCACCGUCAUGGACGGAGCCGUGGUGGAGAGCGGCGCGAUGGUCGCGGCGGGUGCGCUGGUCACGCCGGGCACCGUCGUGCCAACCGGCCAGCUGUGGGCGGGGGCGCCCGCGAAGUUCAUGCGCGAGAUGACCGCGGAGGAGAAGGCGUUCACGGUGACAUCCGCGGAGACGUACGCCGAGGUGGGCGCGGUGCACGCGGCUGAGAACGAUAAAUCGUUCGAGGAGCUCGAGUACGACAAAGCCGCGCGGCGGAUGGCUCGAGAGCGGGAUCCGGACUAUGAUUCCCACCUCGGCAUCGAGCGCUCGCAGGUCAAGGUCCAGGUCUGAGCCGCUUCUGACGCUCGGGUUCGUUUGGAACGCGCCGAUCGAUCCGACGACGAUCGGGCGAUUCGUCCGUAUUCUCUCCGCGUUGCGACGUGGUUGUACCUUGUGCUGUAGAACCCUUCCGUAAACUGAUUUUUGACUCAACUUUUACACACUUUAUGUU